AGCUUCUUUACCUAUAUAUAAGGUGAAACACUUCUCUUGGUACUUUCAGGGUGGGUUAUUCUAUAAGCAGUCAUGAUCUUCCAUGUUGUAGCACUGAGUUUCUUCCUCUCCGUCGAAUGUUUCACCAUAAAAGGCUCUCACGAAAAGAUUAACAGACACCCUGGCAACACACUUGCAGAUGAGGAUUCCAGUGUUUCCACGCUGAUAGAAAGGGCAAAUGUUAAUGUUGGCAAGAACCAAAAUGAACCUCUUGUGAUGUUUGGAGACAUAGCCAUACCAACCGGACUACAGAAUGCUGACGCUUGCACAAGAAACAGGUGCCUGUGGCCAAAAGCAACGGAUGGUUUGGUCUAUGUGCCAUACAGAAUUUCCAGAGAUUACUCUACUGGAGAAAGAGAGACCAUAAUUAAUGGUCUGCGAUCAUUUGCGGCAUCCACCUGCAUUCGCUUCACCCCACUGAAUGGACAGAGGGAUUUUGUGGACAUCCAGUCCCGCUCAGGAUGUUAUUCAUUUGUUGGACGUCGUGGUCGUGGUCAAGAAGUGUCUUUGAGUCGCCGGGGCUGUGUUUUCCGACAGGUCAUUCAACACGAAUUGCUCCACGCCCUGGGAUUCAAUCAUGAACAGACUCGAUCUGACAGGGAUCAGCAUGUUAGAAUCCUCUUCCAGAAUGUCAUUCCUGGAAUGGAGGGCAAUUUCAGGAAGCUUAAUACAAGAAAUCUUGGCACUCCCUAUGAUUACAACUCUGUCAUGCACUAUGGAAGGUUUGCCUUCUCCAGGAACAGACAACCAACAAUAAUCCCUAUCCCUAACAAUAAUGUAGCCAUAGGUAGGGCAGACAGAAUGAGCCCCAUUGACAUUCGUCGGGUGAACCUUCUUUAUGGCUGCAGUGUGUAGUACCUUAAAACAAACCCAGGAAGUCAUCACCUUGCUUGAUUUACUAUCAUACAAUCUUUCCUCACAUCCUGCUUAUCUCUUCUCUUACAUGCUUAUAGAUUCCUUGUGGUUGUGAAAACCAAAGGCACUGUCAAUGAUUGCUAUAUACUCACCUCUUGGCUUAAGAUGUACCCUAUGCUGUUUAAUUGCUAUGUAAAAUACUGCACCACUAACAAUAAAUUGAUUUAUUCAA